AUGCCCCACACUAAUGCUAUGACUGGCGCUCAAGAUGUUGCACUGCAAAACCCGACGGCAUUGCCCGAGAAGGUCGCAGAUCAGCCUUCUCCAGAAAACAGCUCCUCAGAUAUAGAGAAGAGUCCCGUCAGCAGCAGCGACGAUGACGAAUUCCAGAUUCCUGAUGGAGGGUACGGCUGGCUAGUGGUUUUGGCGGUGUUCCUCAUCAACGCUAACACUUGGGGAGCAAACUCAGGAUUUUCCAUCUACCUCGCCCACUACUUGGAGGACGGGACUUUUUCAGGCGGCGACAAGUACGACUAUGCUUUGAUCGGCGGUAUGUCGUUUGGCAUAGGUCUCAUUUUGGCGCCUGGCGUGAAUGUUCUUCAUGGUUACAUAGGCACCAAGCCUACUAUCAUGCUAGGAGCGUGUGUCCAGUUUGCGGCACUCAUGAUGGCUUCUUUUGCGGUGAAUCUCUGGCAGCUUUACAUGACACAGGGCGUGCUUCAGUCUCUUGGUAUGGCCUUGAUUGCGCUUCCAGGGUUUGGUAUUCUUCCUCAAUGGUUCAAAAAGAGACGAGAUAUUGCCAGCGCCAUUGCUGCCGGCGGCUCGGGAGUGGGCGGUACAAUGUACAACUUGGCAAUGCAGAAGGUGUUGGAGAAAAGAGGUGUGUUUUGGGCUUUGCGUGCUCAGAGUAUUCUCAUCUUCGGUUUGCUCUGGAUAGCCAUUGCGCUCAUUCGCUCCAGAAUGAAGAAAAGUAUCACAGUCAGUAUUUAUGAUAUGGAGGUUUUGCGCUCGGCUGGCUUUUGGAUCUUGGUCAUGUACUGUAUCGUUUGCAUGUUCGGAUACGUUAUCGUGUUGUACGAUAUGGCUGCGGUAACCAAAACCUUAGGCUACAGUGCUUACCAGGGCUCUAUCGCGGCGGCUAUGGUUCAGGUAGGAUCAUUUUUUGGUCGUCCCAUUGUUGGCUUGCUAGCACAAAAAGUCGGAGCAGUGACGGCCUCUUUCAUAGCCUAUGUUUUCUGUGCCAUCUUCACCUUCUCCAUGUGGAUUCCCGCCCGCAAUUUGCCCACCAUGUACGCUUACUGUAUACUUAUGGGUGGCCUCAUGGGCACCAUUUUUGCUACCAUGCCACCGAUUCUGAGCAAGUUGUUUGGUUUGCGUAAAACCGCUACGGCUUAUUCAAUGGCUUGGAUUUUUUUGGGUAGCGCAGGUCUUUGCUCUCCAGUAAUCGGCCUCGCUCUUAAGACAGACAGCAACGGCCCAACUGCCUACUUGCCCUGUUCCAUUUUUGCCGGGUGUGCUUUCGCUGCCACUGCUGUCGUGCUAUUUAUCAUGAGAUUGUACCUAUUGGCUAGAAUGGAUCUCGCUGGAGACCUCGAUGCUGACGUGGGCCACAUGCACUUGACGGUGCCACUCCACAAGCCUUUGAACCACGUCUUCGACUUUACUCUCGUCUAA